UUGUGGUUCUCCAAAACACAAUGAAGCUGAGAAUAGCAAGAAGAAGAGCUCUGGGGUGUUAGAGAGGAACAGUAGCUGAUCUGCUGAAGGGGCAGUAUGGUGGCGUGGUGGGUAGCGCUGUCACGUCACAGCAAGGAGGUUCGUGUCCCUGGCCAGGCUACAUGUGUGGAAUUUGCAUGUUCUCCCCAUGCCUGCUUGGGUUUCCUCCGGGUUCUCUGGUUUCAUCCCACAGUCCAAAGACAUGGAUCAUGCUAAAUUGCCCCUAGAAAUGAAUGUCUUCCUGCUGUAAGUCCUGUCCUGCUCCUAGUGUCCACUUUCCUGUGCAGCCCUAAUUUGUGUCUACAAACAUCAAGAAACGGCACCAAAAGAAAUACGUCACAGUGCUAAAAUUAGGAAAAAUUAAAUGAGGACAUGGCAUCUGGAAGCUCCAGUACUCAGAAAACAUCUUCUGCAACUCUCCACCUAAACACAACUCGCAGACGAACAAAGAAGAUUAAAGACAGAGACAAGAUUUUCCACUGCUCAGAGUGUGGAAAGAGUUUUACUGUACAGAGCCACUUCCGCAGACACCAGCGCAUUCACACAGGAGAGAAACCGUAUCACUGCUCAGACUGUGGAAAGAGUUUUAGUCAGCAGGGUCAUUUCAAAAUACACCAGCGCGUUCACUCAGGAGUAAAACCGUAUCACUGUUCAGAGUGUGGACAGACUUUUAAAGAAAGUGGGAACCUUAAGACACACCAGCGCAUUCACACAGGAGAUAAACCAUAUCACUGCCCAGAGUGUGGGAAGAGUUUUAGUCAGCAGGGUCAUCUCCAAGCACACCAGCGCAUUCACACAGGAGAAAGAGUGUAUUACUGCUCAGAGUGUGGGAAGAGUUUUAAUCAUCAGGGUCAUCUCCAAGCACACCAGCGCAUUCACACAAGAGAGAAGCCAUUUCACUGCUCAGAGUGUGGACAGAGUUUUAGACAAAGUGGUUCCCUCAAGAAACACCAGCGCAUUCACACAGGAGAGAAACCAUAUCACUGCUCAGAGUGUGGGAAGAGUUUUACUAGAAAGAAUACUCUCCUAACCCACCAGCGCCUUCAUACUGGAGAGAAACCGUAUUACUGCUUUGACUGUGAACAGAGUUUUAGAGAAAUUGGUAACUUUAAGAAACACCAGCGCGUUCACACAGGGGAGAAACCGUAUUACUGCUCAGAGUGUGGGAGGAGUUUUAGAGAAAGUGGUACCCUCAAAAUACACCAGCGCAUUCACACAGGAGAGAAACCGUAUGCCUGCUCAGAGUGUGGAAAAAGCUUCAGACAUUCAAAUUUAAAGAGACACAAAUGCAUUAAGAGGUGCGUCAAAACGAAAACCAUGAUUUAAUCAUUUGGGGCAACCAACUUGGCCCAUUGGUUAAAUUAUUUAUUCAUUAUAAGUACAAAUGUUUAGUACAUUUGGUUUUUCAAGAUGCAAAGAAAAUAUGUAUGCUCUUAUGCAUGUUAUUUGUUGUUUACAGUACUAGACAUAACAAGAAACUGCAUACAAAUUCUAUUAAAGAAAAAUAUCUAAAGAUU